CCCGCCCCGAGGCGGUUGCUGGCGGCGGCCGCCGCCCUCCCUCGACCCAAUGGCGCGGCGGCGGCGUCAGUAAUGUGAAGCCGUGCGCUGGCUCGUCCGGCCCCCGGGCCUGCAGCCCAUUACACCACCGGCCGCGGCAGCCGCUGCAUCGCGAACGGCCUGGGAGGGCGGGUGCAGACAGCUCCGCGGGGCGGGGCGGAGCGAGCAGCGCGGCCGGAUUCAUUCCCGUGGGGCGCGGGGCAUGGAGGAGCUGUGCGGCCGCAGGCGGAGCGGGCCAGUCCGGGCGACGACAGGGACAACGGUUUCCAUUUGAAGGGGCGGUCGGAGGCGGAGCUGCGGACGGCGGGAGUACCAGCCCCGGGGCAGUUUGGUGCUCGGCUUCUCCGAUGUUGGAGUGCGAUAGAACCCAACAUACUCUCGGUGGUUUUACAUCCGUUCUGGGGCGCGGUGACUAACACUGAACUUUGGCUCCUGUAACUUGCCUGCGUGGAGAGUUAAGCUGGAGUUUUGCUUUGAGGGAUAAAUAAAGCUCAGCCUCCCGACAGGACAUAAAUGGAUCUAAAGACGGCCGUGUUCAACGCAGCGCGCGAUGGCAAACUCCGGCUCCUCACCAAGUUACUGGCUAGCAAAUCUAAAGAGGAGGUUUCCUCCUUGAUCUCGGAAAAAACGAAUGGGGCCACACCACUCUUGAUGGCUGCUAGAUAUGGACACCUCGACAUGGUGGAGUUCCUUCUGGAGCAGUGCAGUGCUUCCAUAGAAGUCGGGGGCUCUGUCAAUUUCGAUGGGGAAACCAUCGAGGGGGCCCCCCCUUUGUGGGCCGCUUCUGCAGCAGGACACCUGAAGGUUGUCCAGUCUUUGUUAAAUCACGGAGCAUCCGUCAACAACACGACUUUAACCAAUUCAACUCCUCUUCGAGCUGCGUGCUUCGAUGGCCAUUUGGAAAUAGUGAAGUACCUUGUAGAACACAAAGCCGAUUUGGAGGUGUCCAACCGACAUGGGCAUACAUGCUUGAUGAUUUCAUGCUACAAAGGACACAAAGAGAUUGCUCAGUAUUUACUUGAAAAGGGGGCAGAUGUUAAUAGAAAAAGUGUUAAAGGCAACACUGCAUUGCACGAUUGUGCAGAAUCUGGAAGCUUGGACAUCAUGAAGAUGCUGCUUAUGUAUUGUGCCAAGAUGGAAAAAGAUGGCUAUGGAAUGACUCCUCUUCUCUCAGCAAGUGUGACUGGUCACACCAAUAUUGUGGAUUUUCUCACACACCAUGCCCAGACCAGCAAAACAGAACGUAUCAAUGCUCUGGAGCUUCUGGGAGCUACAUUUGUAGAUAAAAAAAGAGAUUUACUUGGGGCUUUGAAAUACUGGAAAAAGGCAAUGAACAUGAGGUACAGUGAUAGGACUAAUAUAAUUAGUAAACCUGUUCCACAGACACUAAUAAUGGCUUAUGAUUAUGCCAAGGAGGUAAACAGUGCAGAAGAACUGGAAGGUCUCAUUGCUGACCCUGAUGAAAUGAGAAUGCAAGCACUGUUAAUUAGAGAACGUAUUCUCGGUCCUUCUCAUCCUGAUACCUCUUACUACAUUAGAUACAGGGGCGCUGUCUAUGCCGACUCUGGAAAUUUUAAGCGAUGCAUCAACUUAUGGAAGUAUGCUUUGGAUAUGCAGCAGAGCAAUCUGGACCCUUUAAGCCCAAUGACUGCCAGCAGCUUGCUGUCUUUUGCGGAACUCUUUUCCUUUAUGCUACAGGACAGGGCUAAAGGCUUGCUGGGUACUACUGUUACAUUUGAUGACCUCAUGGGCAUACUGUGCAAAAGCGUCCUUGAAAUUGAGCGAGCUAUCAAACAAACUCAGUGUCCAGCUGACCCAUUGCAGUUGAAUAAGGCUCUUUCCAUCAUUUUGCACUUAAUUUGCUUAUUAGAAAAAGUUCCUUGUACUCUAGAACAGGACCAUUUCAAAAAGCAGACUAUCUACAGGUUUCUUAAACUGCACCCAAGAGGAAAAAAUAACUUCAGCCCUCUGCAUCUGGCUGUGGACAAGAAUACUACAUGUGUAGGGCGGUACCCUGUUUGUAAGUUUCCAUCUCUGCAAGUUACUGCGAUACUGAUAGAAUGUGGUGCUGAUGUCAACGUCAGGGACUCUGAUGACAACAGUCCCCUGCAUAUUGCUGCUCUGAACAACCAUCCAGACAUCAUGAAUCUCCUUAUUAAAUCAGGUGCACAUUUUGAUGCCACAAACUUACACAAACAAACUGCUAGCGACUUACUGGACGAGAAGGAGAUAGCUAAAAAUUUGAUCCAGCCGAUAAAUCACAUCACAUUGCAGUGCCUCGCUGCGCGUGUCAUCGUGAGUCAUAGAAUAUGUUAUAAAGGGAAUAUCCCAGAAAAGCUAGAGACCUUUGUUUCACUUCAUAGAUGAUGAUUCGAACUGUACUGCAGCACUGUUAAAGCACGACUUGGUAACAGUUGUUUCAUUAAUGAGCACUGUUGUGAUAACACCAGCAUUCAUUUAGCUUGAUAUCAUUGUGCUCUCAUUGGCUAAAGCAUUGUAAGCAUCAAAUUUGCAGGAUUGGUUCCCAGUAUUUAAUAUAAAUAUACCAUAUAAUAUAUUGUUUGUGAAUUAUUGAGAAAUGUGAUGCUAUAUUCAAAUUUCUAAAACUGUCUGCCAAAGGCCACUCUGGUUUUGUUUGCUGUUGGGUAUUAGGGACAGAGUUAACUGUUUUCAGUGAUGUCUUUAUACUUUACUAGUUAGUGACUUUUAUACGGUUGAAAGUCAUCCUCCCCGGCUCCCUUCUUCUGAUUUCGAGUUUUGCCCGUUUCCACAUUUUUUCCCCUAACCGUUUUGGCUACAAUGUCCCCGAACCAUUGGAUCCAUGCUAGGUUAUAAACCUUAUGGACUUGUUCACCAUUUGCAGUUACCAUAAGUGCUUUAUCUUCUCUAUGCACCGGCUUAAACAGGACUGUCGUGUGUUGGCAUAUUCUCUAUGCAGCAAUUGGUCAACUUCAACUCAAAACACUGUUCUUAAGUUAGGAAGUUCAUGUCUCAAGAGCACUCGUAGAGCAUGUCAGUUUUUAGAGUUGCCGGUAAGCAAGUUAAGCUCAAGCUUUAAUUUUAUGUUUUGUUUGUUUUUGCUUUGUUUCUUCACAUCUGAUUUCUUUCCUCAAUCUACAGAAAGUUUUUAAUAUGCUAAAUUUGGGAAACAAAUCUAUUACAACUAUUAACCCAGUUGAAAUCUAGGUCUGUCAUCUUAGUCUGUCGUGCAGUAAAGUAAAGGAAGACCUUUCUAAAGUGACCUGCCUCUCCCGCUCCAGCGUUGUCCUGCUUGUGCUGAUGGUGUGCCUAGGUGUAGAGAAUCUGCUUCAGAGUUUAUCAUCACACAGCUUAAUGAGUCACAUUGAGCUGCUCAGUCACUGAACUGCAGACCACUUUUAUUUACAAAAAGGCUAAAGCAUGUCAGUGGCAUGAUGCUUGUCAAGCCAGAUCUAGGCAUCUCAGAUAAUUAAGGUAUUUUAGUAUGCAAUUUACUGCCAUAGUAUCAAAGGUCAAUAACAGUGUUCUUUUAUCUUCAAGUUUAUGUAUAUCUUUUAAAGAUAACGUGCAUGAAUUACUUUGAUCUUAAUUAUUUGUCACCCUAUUAAACACAAAAGAUUGCACAGUGAUUUCUGUCCCCUUAAUGAAAGCGCCUCCUCCCCCCUUCCCCGUUCUUUCCUCUCCCUCUCAUUUUUUUUUCUUAUCAAAGAUUUGUUAAUACCACAGAAAGGGCUCUUUUGACUUGAGAAAAGAUAAGUGAAAAUUCAAAAGAUUCAGGUAAUCACUCAGCACUUUACUGUAUUCAGUAGAAUUUACAAUAGUACAUUGCACGGAAGAUAUAGUAAAAAAAAAUGUUCUGAAUGAAAUGAAAUGCUCCUUAUUGAUUCUAGAAAACCAGUCAGUUCACCUGUGAACUCUGGGUCAUUUGGAUUUAGGGGAUGAUAUUUUAUUCUGAGGGUUGAUGUAAUGUUACUUAAAGAAUUGUCAUUGCAAUCACAUUCAUCUUUAUUCAGUAAUUGUAAUGAAGGGUAGUGAAUAAAGAACAUUAGACCUUUUCAUUAAACAAUUGAGGUUUAAUUCUUUAACAGGUAUCUUUACUUAUUUUACUACAUUUUUAAUUAAAUUUUACCAUUGAAAAAUGGAUUAGUUAUCAAUGGGCUCUUUUCAACCCUUUGAUGAAGAGGUUUUACUUACUUUGGGCAAGUCUGAUAAGAUAUUUGAGCUGCUAUAUAUAAGAAUAAUAUGCCAUUUAGACAGAUAUUCUAGAAAAUCUAGCUUUUGAAAUCAUCUGCCUGUAAUUUUGUGGUAUAAAAACUAUAUGUGAACUACUUUUUAAAAAAAUCUUGGCCAUUUUGGUUGAUCUCACUUUGGGGUAAAAGAUGACAAUUUGACUUAAAGGGAUUUAAUACAUGGCCUCCCUGCUUUGCCCAGAAGAAUCUGGCUUACAUGUUCUUAGUGCAAGGCUCAACCUAAGGCUCACUGUUGGACAGGUGGACUUGAAUUUCAUAACCAUGUAUGAAAUAAGAAUGUCCUCACAUAGUGGCUUCCUUCAAGAAGAACAGAUAACUUGGAACUGGUCUUUAGUCUUGAAAACCACAGUGCUGUUUUGCAGUCAGGAUGUGGCUCUCCCUUUUCUGUUUGCUCACUCCAGAAAUGCCAUUGGGAGCUCCUAAAAAGCAGUUAAGAAGCUCAAAAUUGGCCACGAUUUUAUUUUAGAAUAAGUUGGUUCAGGAGUGCAACCUCAGAUAGCUGUUAGGGUCUUCCUCUGAAAAUCAUGAGAUUGAAUAAAAUAAAAUUCUCAAGUUUGUGGGUUUGUUUUUGUCCAUGGUAAGGAAAUGAUCUAAUUGUAUUCAUUUGAAUCAACUAAGCUAGACACUGUAGCAUGAUAGUAUUGGCUAGUAUUAAUGUUUAAAUCUCAACAAUGUUUCUCUAGAAAUGCCCCUGAAUUUCAGAUGUUCUACAAUUUAAUUAUUUUUUAAAGAGAAAUGGUUAUUUUAUUCAGAUACCAGUCUCUUUUCUAAGGGCAAAUGAACUACAGUUUUAAAAAUGUCACUGUUUUUUCUGGGCCGUGGUGACAUAUGCCUUUAAUCCCAGCACUUGGGAGACAGAAGCAGGCAGAUCUCUGAGUUUGAGGUCAACCUGGUCUUCAAAGAGAGUUCCAGGACAGCCUCCAAACCUACAGAGAAACCCUGUCUCAAAAACAAAACAAAACAAAAAACUCCUCAAACAAGUCAUUGUCUUCUUAUCCUUAAGUCUGACAAGUAUAAGCCUCUCUCAGCAAUAUAGCUGAUAGAUUUUGAAGUUAAGUGAUUGCUCAUUCACAAAGAAGUAUUACUUUGAAAAACCCCAUUUACUAUAAGUUGAGAAGUUGUUCAGGUUGUAUUUUGAAGUCUAGCUUCCUGAAAUCAAAUUGUCCAGCAGAGCCCCUCAAAAUGUGCACAUGUGUUCAUCCCUGUAAGUAGUUCCCAGCAGGGGCUGGGUAAAGAGUAGUGUUCUUCCAUCCUAGUCAGCAACACCAUUACUUGGAACCUGGGCCACUUUAAAGUUAGGUACUAAGGAAACUUAAAGUGCUUGCCAUCUUCUUUCUUCUCUUUUCCCUCUUAUGUAUCACUCAACAACUAGCUUCUCUCCCUUUUGUUGGUUCCCAUUGUGUAUCUUUUAAAAGAAGUACUGUAUCCAGAUGCCAGCCAAUAAAUUGUCACACAAUGGAAAAAACGAUAUGCCACAGCAUUGUAAGGUUUAAUAAAAUUAAGUUUGCACCAAA